UUUUUCUAAAAAAAAAAACUGCCAAUAGCCGAAUCUGAGAGACUGCCCACACCGUGCACGCUUCUUCCUCGCGCCGCGCCGACGCCGCCGCCGCCGCCACCAACCCACCAUACUCCUCUGGUCUCUCUGCAUCCAGUCCAAAUCGAAUCCGCCCGCCCAAAAAUCACCCAGUCUCUUGAUUCUGCAGCUGUGUAAGUGCUGCGAGGGAGCAUGAGCAUGGCCUUCUCGUGCGCGAGCGUUCGCCUGCACGGCCGCGUCGGCACCGUCAAGUGCCGGGCCGUUCUAGCUAGGCCGAGCGGCUGUUCGUACCCGACUGGAAGGAGGCGGAUCGCUAGAGGAAUCCGUUGCCAGCUGCCGCCGCAGGCCAGUGCGGAUGGGAGCGCGGCCACCACCUCCGGCGCAGCUGUGGUCGCCCGAGAGGCGGGGAAGGUUGCUGGUUCUGCCGAGGACGUCGGCGCGGUUACCCAGCCGACUGCGCUUCAAGAGAAGGGCGCGGAGGUUGCUGACGUUAGUGGGUCGGGUGGGAAUGCGAAGUUCCGGCCUGGUGGCGGCGGUGGUGGAGGUGGGGAUAGUGGUGGGGGUGGCGAUGGUGGGGAUGGCCACAAUGAGGGGGAUGAUGAGUUUGGGCCGAUCCUUAGCUUCGAACAGGUAGUCCAGGAGGUGGAGAAGCAAGGGGUUAGCUUGUCCAGCUUGCCAGCCGAUAUGAUCGAGGCAGCGAAGAGCAUCGGGAUUCAGAAGCUGCUGCUGCUGAGAUACUUGGACAUGCAGGCCUCAGCUUGGCCCUUGGGUCCUGCCAUUAGAUCCUGUGGGCUUCUCCGGAAUAGGAUGCUGGUUGAUCCUGUGUUCCUCUUCAAAAUUGGGACGGAGAUAGUUAUUGACACAUGUUGCGCGACUUUUGCGGAGGUUCAGAAGAGGGGCGAUGAGUUCUGGUCAGAGUUCGAGUUGUAUGCAGCAGAUAUGUUGGUAGGCGUAGUUGUUAAUGUUGCUUUAGUUGGCAUGUUAGCACCAUAUGCUCGAUUCCGUGGGGGGUCUGCAUCAGCAGGUAUUCUUGGGCGUGUUAGGCAUGCUUAUGAUGCUCUCCCGAGCAGUGUUUUUGAAGCUGAAAGGCCAGGAUACAGUUUUUCCAUUCAACAACGGCUUGGAUCAUACCUUCUCAAGGGACUUUUAUAUGGUGCAGUUGGAUUUUCUUGUGGUCUUGUUGGCCAAGGCAUUGCAAACUUGAUAAUGACUGCAAAGCGGAGUGUGAAGAAGUCAGAGAAUGACGUACCUGUUCCACCUCUUCUAAAAACUUCUGCUUUGUGGGGUGUGUUCCUUGGUGUCUCGUCCAACACCCGUUAUCAGGUAAUUAAUGGUCUUGAGCGCUUGGUUGAGGCUUCGCCUCUUGGCAAGCGUGUCCCAGCUGCUUCUUUGGCAUUCACUGUCAGCGUGCGCUUUGCAAAUAAUGUCUAUGGAGGAAUGCAAUUUGUGGAUUGGGCCAGAAUGAGUGGUUGUCAAUGAGGUGUAUUGCGUCCAUGUUUUUCAUGUUACCAUCCAUACUGAUGUUGUAUGUGAUCUGCUGUUUGAUAAAGCAAUGAAACUCGUCGAAUUUGCUCCUCUCCGAGUUAAAGAUUUGAUACCAUUAUUGACAACAGCUUGGCUGCAGAAUUCUAAAAAUAAACAUGAAGGUGCUCCGUAGAUUGAUUGGAGUCUUGAUAUGUUGAGAUUGUGUUAGGCUGCUAGAGAGUGCCAUGGGAAAUGAAUCAGGAAGAGGCGUGGUAUAAUUGUUGAAAUUUAAGCAUGUAAGUGCUUAGCGAAUAGCGAUUCAUGCAGUGAUUUGUAGCUCCAGCAAUCAGAAGAGUUUAAAUGGUCUGUUCCUCUUGUCCAA